AUGACACUUCAGCUUGAUGAAUUCAUCGAGAACUGGCUCAAUCAAAUCGUCCCUUCCUUGUCGCGCCCCUCAUCGGCUGUUGCGCCCUCGCGUGACGAGCAAGGGAGAUCAACAAAGAGACGCAAGAUCAGCCAUCUCAUCUCACCAUCGCAUUCUUCCAACGACUCAAAGACCCGGAUACAGGUUUCAAUGGAUCCAAACAAUCCAGGCACACCAGAAAACUCAUCGAAGCGAAAGGAGCUUCACCCCGAUGACCAACGAGACGAUGAGCCUUUCGAUGCCAACGAGACGCCACGGCCAUCAAAGGCGGCCUCCAGCAGCGCCAUCUUUAAGAACACGCCCAGUUUUUCCUCACAAAGUAAUGCCAGCCAAACUUCAGGACGGAGCUCGCCGACUAGGGCCUUCCCAGUUCAAGGGUACAACAAUAACCACCGUCUUGAUUCUGUGACGAUGAACCCAGAUAAUCGAGAUAUGCCUUCUGACUUGGCAAAUAUCUUGGAUGACAUGUACGAUUUUUCGACAGCGAGGUCCAUCAUCCCUGAUAUUCUCAAGAGCGAGAUUGGGAAGCAAUCUGUAGGUGAUCGGUCUCUCAGACGGCUUCGUAACGAUGCCUACUACAGCUUGGCCACGGAUGGCAUGCCGCCUAUGGACAUGGCAUCAGCCUCCAGACUCAUGCUCACAGCCAGGAAGCUGGCUAAACGAGCUGGGCAAUGCCAUCACUUGCAAUACGAUGAAGCAGGGUGGAACAACUUGGUGCAUACCCCCUUGCUUGACGCUGUGUUCAACGAUGCAGACCCAUAUGAGACCCAGCUGGUUGACUUUUCUCCAUGGUGCGUAUCCCAGGCAUACGAGGCUUGGCCUCUCACAAUCGCUAACACGCACAGCAUGACGGCAUCAGUCAGCUCACGUUUCCACUACUUUCCCAUCCCAGCUACCAAGGUAGACUACGUUCUCUAUCUAGACGCAGACGCAGACGCGGAAGACGCCUGUACAAGUGAUGCGAUUGCCAAGCUUGAAGAAACGGCAGGGUCAGUCAACCACACGGCCUUCACGCCCCUGGCAUCGCACCCCAUCUCCCUCAGCAUCGAGACUAAGAGGCAUGGCGGGGACGGGAGAAGGGCCGAUAUUCAAAUGGCAGCCUGGCAGGCCGCGCAAUGGUCGUUCCUUGAGGCGCAGGCCGGAGGGGCGGUCGAAAGCCUGGCGUUUCUACCAGGAGUCAUUGUGCAGGGGCAUGAGUGGAAGUUUGUCGCGACGACGCGCAAGGAUAACAAGACGACACUAUGGUCGAGCCACCAGUUCGGAACCACAAUGACUUUGGCCGGCGUCUUCCAGAUCAUGGCUGGGAUGCGGAGGCUUCGGAGGUGGUCAGUCGAGGUCUUUUGGCCUUGGUAUAAGAAGCAUGUUCUUCACUUGCAUGAAGUAACGCAGGUUGAGUCUAGCAGCCGUGGAUGA